AUGGACAGAAACACGACCCAAAGCGUAUCGUCGUUUGAUCAAAUGGACACAAUGUUCUCGUGGGAGGGGAAGAAUUUCUCUAUUCAAGAUUUUUGGCGUCUACAAUCACAAGUAGAAUUCUCGAACAGCUGGUUUGGUUCUGUGGGCGUGUGCGUGUUGGUGCUGACGUUUUCAGUCAUUGCACUUUUCGGUAUUCUUGGAAAUGCAGCAAUGUGUUAUAUCAUCAUAAGGAAACGGAAUGUAAGAUCAAGUCGCAACUGGUAUAUUCUGAAUUUGUCUAUAUCAGAUAUUCUAACUUCUGUCUUGUGUAUUCCUUUCACCGUUGUAAAGUUGAUUUUGAAACAUUGGCCACUUGGGAAAGUGUUAUGUAAGAUCGUACCUAGUCUGCAGACAAUAUAUGUGUUUGUAUCAACGUUUACUAUUGUAUUCAUAGCUAUUGACAGGUAUAAAGCAAUUGUACAAUGCACCUCGCGGGACUGGACGCGACCGAGGUAUAUCUUUGUUAUAGUAUGGCUGGUAUCGUUUGCACUGGCACUUCCUAUGUUAAUUUAUCAUGAUGUUGAAUCGGUUUGUAUAUCGAAAGAUAUAAUUCUAUUUUCGUCAUGUUUGGAGAAAUGGGAUUCAGACAUUGCUCGGAGGAGUUAUGCGUUGUUGGUGUUGUGCAUUCAUUUUGUUUUUCCUAUCAUAGUUAUAAUUGCGUUACAUAUUCUUAUUUGUAAAUUUAUACGUACACAUAUUGAAUCUAAACCGUCAUAUUCACGGGAACUUCACCGAAGUAGAAGAAAUUUACUACGUCAAAGAAAAAAUAUAAUUCUUCUCACGUCCAUAACUGUCAUAUUUGCGUUAACAUGGCUUCCCCUAACGUUGAUUAACCUCUUAGCUGAUAUUAACUAUCAACUCUUCACCGGAAUAGACUUUAACUGGCUAAUUGCUAUCUGUCAUGUGUUUGCUAUGAGUUCCGUCUGCAUUAACCCUAUCGUCUACGGUUGGUUUAACUCAAACUACAGACGUGAAAUCAAAGCUAUGUUUUGUUGUAAAUUUCAGGAUAAAGAUGUAAACAUCAUAAUGAUAACUCGAUAUCGAGAACGAAUAGAACUAUGUUUACAUGGAUAUGUUUCCUCUCGAACACUCAGAACUACGGACACUUGA